UUUAGACAUUGACUUGACACGUGCGUUUUAUAUGGCGUCGCAUCGAGACUCGCGUAUUUGAAGACAGUGAGCUGUUCCUUCAUGAAAUUGAUGAAAGGCUGAGGAAAAGUGAGAGAUUGCAGUUGGUGUAAAUUUUUAUCCAUUUUUCCUAAUUAUGGCUGAUAAGACUGGAGAUGGAACGGUGACAAACAUUGUCCCAGGCUUCACGAGUGUCAACGAUUUUGCACAGAAAGCCCUCGGCAAGCUCAAAUUGGCCACGCGAGCUGCCAAUGAACUUCCAGCAGCUGGAGAUGACUAUGACUUCUACUCUAGUUUUGAGGGUUUCCGGCAGUUCUGCAAUUCACAGGGAGACAAACUUCUAGGAAACAUCCAGAGGCUUGCAGGGCAGCAAGGGGCGGAUGAAAGUCAAGUAGGCCUUAGCAAGAUCCUAGAUCUCGAGGAUAGAAUAGACUCCCUCAUCGAGACCAAUGACACCCUUCUUGAAAAUGCGGGUGCCCUGCUGGACGAAGCAGAAGGCAUCAGCAAGCCUACUCAGAGCUUCUCACCGGGCGUCUCGAAACCACAACUCAUCGUUACGAGCUGGAAUAAAAAGAGAUCGGAGGCCCUCAACGAGAAGUCCAGGAACUUCCGUUUGAUGCAUGCCAGGAACAUUGCCAGGCCCCAGCUCAAGUUCAAGGAUAGGGUUGAUAACUCCAACGUACCCUUCGUACCGGUCAUCACGCACAAACCCAAUGCACUCAAACCACUGCCAGAAGUGUUUGAUACCGUGAAGAAGUCGUUCUUGACCAAGACAGACUCAUCUUCGCCUGCCAAAAGGGACAGUGAAACCCAGACAGAAGCGUACCCCCAUCCCUAUCAACAUGAGCUGGACCACUUAGAACCCCUCCCGUCUCAGCUGGAACCGGUAGACAACCCAAGUUACACCCCUCUGGAAGCCACACCCUUCACCCUGGUAGACACUGUGUCGAAGCUGGAGGAGCUGAGUCGUAGCCUCAAACAGUCCAAGGAGAUUGCCGUUGAUUUAGAGCAUCAUUCCUACAGGUCGUAUCUGGGGUUCACCUGCUUGAUGCAAAUAUCUACAGCAGAGCACGACUAUGUCGUUGACACCUUAGAGCUCCGCAGUGAGCUCCAGAUGUUGAACGAUGCCUUCACCGAUCCAAAGAUAGUCAAGGUUUUCCAUGGAGCCAACAUGGACAUUGACUGGCUACAGAGGGACCUGGGUCUCUACGUCGUUAACAUGUUCGACACCCACCAAGCAUCACGGUCCCUGGGCUUUCCGCAUCAUAGUCUGGCUAGUCUGCUUUCAAGAUACUGCCAGGUCGAGGCUGAUAAACAGUACCAGUUGGCAGACUGGAGAAUAAGGCCUCUACCCGAAGAGAUGCUGCACUAUGCAAGGGAAGACACCCACUACCUGCUCUACAUCUACCACACAAUGAAGAAUGAACUCAUCAAACGAGGCAAUGAUAGAAGGAAUCUUCUCAGGGCCGUGCUGGAUCAAAGUACUAGGAUCUGCGUGCAGCGGUACAACAAACCCAUCUUCACGAAUGAUUCACACGUAACGGCCUUCCAGAAAAACAGGAAGAUCUUUAACAAGAAACAGAUGCAUGCCUUCAAGAAGUUGUUUGCCUGGAGAGACAGCUUAGCAAGGCAGGAGGACGAGAGCACUGGAUACAUUCUUCCUAUGCACAUGCUGUUCCAGAUAGCAGAGAUACUCCCAAAGGACCAAGGUGGCAUCCUAGCGUGUUGCAAUCCGGUACCCCCGUUGGUCAAGCAGAACAUCAAUGAAAUCUAUCACUUUAUCUUAGAAGCGAGAGGUUACCAGGCAAACAAGGAGGGCAAGGUUAAAAAGGGCGAGGUGUUUGCCUCCAAAACCAACACCUUCUCCGCACCUCUCAUUGACCCUCUGGAGAGCCUGCUCUACUGUCCCCAUGACAACAACGUGCACCAGGAAGGUCAAAGAUCAACAAACGACCUCUCUGGGCCAUCAAUUGAAAUGACCUCUUCCAGUCUCUUUGGUGGCUCCACAGCGACCUUGGCGAAGGUUUCUGCAGCCGCACCCAUUAUCACGAUCUUUGACACGCCCUCUAGUGGUGCCGCGGAGCAGUUGGAUGCAAAGAGGAGUGCAGCCCAGAAGAAAAUUGAACGGUUGACGGCAUUGUUUGCAAAUCCCUUUGAAAUGUAUUUGCCGUCCACCAAAGUGAGGCAGAUUGCUCAAAGAGUGCUGGAUGCGGACAAGAUCACCAUGGAUACCAAAACUACACCAUCAAAGGAGAUCUCCACCUUCCAGCCUCUGUCAGUGUGGAUAAUGAAGAAAGCCACGCCCAAACCAGCUGCGGAGAAGGAGCCUCCGACGGAACCAGGACGGAACCAGGAUCCAGGAACGUACGAAACUCCCAUCGUCUUUAACCCAGAUGCUGCCAAGAAGAGGAAGCAAGAGGAGGAGGAGGAGGCCGAAGAUGAAGCCGUCCCAGUUAGACAGAUGGGUAACACAUCUGCAAAGAAGAGAAAGCAUUCUGCCAAUCCGAGUGGAGAGACACCCAGGCCCAAGAAGGAUCGCAGGGGAGAACAUGCUGAGAGGAGGAGCAUGGGGGACACGGGGGCAGCAGACAGAGGUCAUCACCAUGGCAACCAAUAUGUACGGGAAGCGGAGGAGAGAGUCAUAGAGCCUUACGAUUACAGCAGAGCAGAUUACGGCAUGUUUCAAGACUCCCAGCGUUCCAGAGGUAGAGGACGAGGUAGAGGUCACAGAGGUCAUGACAGGGGUGGGCGAGGUCGUGGACGAGGUCAUUCAAAGGGUCAUCCCCGCCCUAAGGUUCACCAAGAUGGAGGACGACGAAGCAUGACCUACACGAAUCACCGUGGCAACCAAGGGGGUGGAAGCAGAGGUCAGAGGGGUCAAGGGUCAAGGAAUCAAAGGAGGUAGCAGCUUGCUUGACCAGUCAAAAGAUUCUCUUUUAUCUGACCAUCAAGAUCAACUACUGGACAUCUAGUCUAGAGAACAAAAAAAUGCCUUCAUAAUUUUGAAUCGUAGCUGGUUGAGGGAGGUAGUUAGGGCACUGGAAGUGGCUUCCGAUUGGUCAGUCAGUUCAUGGCACAUCAAAUACAUGUACUUCCUCCCACAGAGAGAGAUUGCAUGUGGCAGGGAACUAUUCAGAGCUUCGUCAUUUAGCCUAUGACCACAUACACCGCAUCGUGUCACAACUAUCUCUCUCUCUCUCUCUCUCAAUAAAAUAUGAUCAGAAUUCGUCCACUUCUGAAAAGGGGAUCUACACCUGUACAUGCAACUCUCUGUAUGAUGAUUUGUACCAUUCAGUGUAAUAGGUUCAUACUAUAUCAUGUAGUACUCACUGAAAUGAAUUGCCUACAAAAAAGAGAGGAGAGAAAUGCCAUCAAAUACUUGAUCUUUCUUGGAGCUAUGAGCAAAAAAUGUGAUAAAAUUGUGUGUCAUUAUCUAAGAUGACAUCAUGAUAAUGAUUUGUAUGCGUUGAAUAUAUAGUUGUACCCCGCCAGUUCCAGCCCCUCUUCAGUUUGUUAUCUCUAACAGCUUUAUAAUAGCUGUUAUUAAUUUUUAAAGCAUAGCAUAGCCAUGUUUACACAAUUUUACUAAGUUUAAAACCUAUAGUUUUGAUUAAUCAUGAAGCCAGAAUGCUUUUUAAACGUAAACGUAGUCGGUUACUGUUUUUAUCUUGAAAUCAGUACCUGUAUUGAAAAUUUUGUUGCAGUUUAUAAUAUGGGGGAUAGUAUCUUUUUGGGGGUAUACAGUAUAUAUCAAAACUUUACCCAACCAUAUAAAAUGACACUGCAUUUUUGUAACUUGUUUAAUAGAAAGAGCUCUUUAAAUCACAAAUAUUUAAAUUGCUUUGAAUCACGGUGCACUUGUGUUUUUCUGUAGUAACGAAAACAGAAAUCAAUUUUUGUUUACAAUACAAUGAACAAAAGUUCCUAUGAUUUAACGAGACAAUCGAUUAGUCUUGAUAAGUUUUUUCUCACCCAGCAGACGGUGUUAAAUCGACUGCUGAAGAUGAGUAUAUCUCCAUUUUGGAUGUUAUUAAGAAUUUAAGAUUUUGAUCAGAAGUGCAUCUCUUUUAAUUUAAUGCAUAGUUUUAUAUUUACCUUUUAUUUUGUGACAUAUUUCCGUAAUGAAAGUGAUAUACGUGUACAUCAUACAACGAUGAUAAAUGUUUUAUCUUGUUUCAUUUUCAGCCAAACGGAUAUUAGAUGAGAUAGUUUUUAAUUUUAACACAAAGUACAUGCACUUCUGUAUUGCAGGUCAUGAAAAUCUAUACCCAUAUUUCUGGAUAAUGUAAAUAUUGUGUACAAAGUGCAAACAUGGGGUUAUGUUUUUUUCAGCUCAACAUAUGAUAAUGACAGUAGUAUCUGCACUAUACUGCACUUCCACAAUAAAACAUAACUGACAUUUGAGUGUUUCUGAAACUUUCUGAGAUAAUAGUUUUUAUCUUGUUUCAUUUCAGCCAAACAAAUAUUAGAUGAGAUAGUUUUGAACACAAAGUACAUGCACUUGUGUAUUGUAGGUCAUGAAAAUCUGUACCCAUAUUUCUGGAUAAUGUAAAUAUUGCAUACAAAGUGCAAAGAUGGGGUCAUGUUUUUCAGCUCAACAUAUGAUUAUGACACAUAGUAUCUGCACUAUACUGUCCUUCCACAACAAAAAAAUCUUAACUGACAUUUUAGUGUUUCCGAGAUAUAUGAAGCAACAUGAAUUUCAAUUUGCUAUUAAAAGUGUUUUAAUGUUUUUAUGAAGUGUUGACUUAUCAAAAUAGGUAAUUACAGUAUGUUUUAAACCCUGAAUUUUAGUUAAACAUGAGGAACUUGAUGUUCUGAGUCAGCCACACUUAAAAACUCAAUUUUGCAAGAAAUGUCAGUUAUGCUGUUUCAUCAGGGAAGGGCAGUAUACACAUGCAUGUAUGUGUAUCUUUGUAGUACAUCAUCUGUUUAGAGCCAAACGGCAUUAACUCUUGAGAUCAAGUAUAUGAGUUGAUGCCUUUGGGGUUCAGGGGAGUGUUUCACAAAGACUAAGAUCGACUUUAAGUUGGACUUAACUAUGACAGGCCGUUCAUGCCAUUGUUUGCUCUCACCAUUUACUGGCACUGGUCUGUCUCUCAAGGGACUUACAUAUCGUGGUCACAAAUCUACAGAAUUUGCAUUAUUUUUAUAAAUUCAUUAUUGAAGGAAUAAAUGUUAUCUAAAGAUCAUAAUGGUGAGAGCAACCA